CCGGAAACGAUGGCUUCAAACACCGGAUGGGUUUUUUGACAGCAUGCUUGCUUUCACUUUCAAUGUUUUGAUUUGAUAAUGUCAGUUGAUGACAACAAACACGCGACUAUUGCAUAUUGAAACGGAGACAUUACCAUUAAAGGAAGAAACGACGAGUCACUUUUAGGAUAUUCUUUACGAUAAUAUGCAAGAAAUGCCGGAACCACAGCCGUCUAAAUGUGAGGGGGAGCGGAAUCAAGAAUGCAUCCUACAACAAAGAAUAGAGACGACCAUGAAGAUGGAGACAGAUGUAUUUAACCCUUCCCACACUGCAGAGCUCCAGUUCCUCAGGUCACGGGUUCGGGAACUGGAGAAAGAGAAGGCUGAAAUGGCGGCUGAAAACCAAUGGCUGCAAAACAUGCUAGUAAAGGAAAUCCCUGACCUGCUGUCUACCAUGUGGCAGAACUUGGGCCAAGCCAACCACCCCCCCCACCCAGCAGUGUCCCCACAGGCUGUCUCCACAGGAAUAGUGAGGGGCGAGAGCUACACAUACACACACCACUCUGUGUCAGGACACUCUGGCCGAGGGUUCAGUCCCCCACUUCAUCAUCAGCCCAUGUCCAACCGCUCAGCUAUGACUCAGGAUAACGUGAAUGGAAGCAUGUCAAACUUUGGACCCGAGAUGGCCAUCAGUGAGCACAGUGUGGACGGAGACUUAGAGCUGAAUGACAUCACAGAGGACGACGACCCUCACAGCUCUCUGUUUGGCUCAGCAGCCGACCUACCCGGGAUGAGGACAUGCUCAGAGACACACUGUGUUAGUGGGACUGGCCAUGUAAACCAGGUGGAGGUAUACCCAAGUUCCGGCGUCUUCUGUGAAAUGCGGUCUUGGCAUGCAGCCAAUCAGACGCAGUCUCCCACGGCGAUGGCGCGCACUCUGUUGCUGGGCGUGUUCGACAUGGACACCCUGCUGAACAGCAACCUGCGAGGGGGGCGGAGCCGCAGACCAACCUUCCCCAACCACCGCACCGCCCUGGACCCACACAAGCUCAACGCCAUCUACAAUGCCACUCUAGCCCGCUUCCCAUUGGCCAGGAAGGGACAAAUUGGCACCGGCAUCAACUCCAAGCUGUCUGAGAUCCGGUUCCGAUCCAGGAGAGCCAACCGGGACCCCAAGGAGAAUCAAUUUGUGGCCCCCGCCCACCCAGCCUUCCCUGGAGGUGUCACAGCUCCCCAUGCCUAA